AUGAGAGAAAUUGUCGCUGAGAGGGAUACGCUGCGAAAACAACUGGACGCGGUGAUGGUAGAGAAGGAAAGCGUUGGCGGAGAGGACGCGGCACUGGCCCUUGCUGCAAGAGCAGAAGCAGAUUUGAGAGAUGCGAGGGAAGAGUUAGAUGCCAUGCGCGAUCGGUUGAAGAGGCUAGAGAAGGUCGCUGAGAGAGGUCUCAAAACCGAGGCUGUGAUAGAACGAAAUGCCACCUUGGAGGGGGAACUGAUUAGUGCAAAGAAGUCAGUUGGCAGACUUGUGCAGGAACGAAAUUCGUUGAGGCGAACAACCACGAACUCGUUAUUCUCCAAUGCAUCAAAUGCAUCCAAAACGCCACGGGGAGCGAAUGACGAAGCAAGGAAGCGGAUUCUAGAAUGGAGACAGAGAGCAUCGAGCAGAAACCUCGGAAACGAAACAACAAAUGUAGCCCCCGUGCCGUUCGCAAGUCUUGAGAGCGAAGGAGAAGUCGAAAGGAUACCGCUACUACCUGCAAGAAUCGAUGGGGCAGAACCGCUGCCCGAUCGAGUCACGACACCCGCGUUUACAUAUGAUAUGACAAUGAAGAAGAGAAGGACGAGUGUCUUGGACUCAGAUUCUGUGCGAACGAAGGAAGAAACAUCUUUUAGCGAUCGCAGCGUGGAUGCUGCAUUGAAUGACUCAGUCAGUGCUCAGAGCGUUCCAGUGCAGGGGUUUUUGAGAAGACAUGACUCGUUUUUGUCUGCCGGUGAUGUGAGUGCGUCUGGCGAUGAGAUCACCAUUAGAAACAAUAGGAACAUUUUCAAUAUGAAGACUCCGAAAGUGCAAGCCGGUUUAGGAUCUCUGUUUGGGGCGCCAAGCCAUCGCUUCAUAACUCGUCAAUAGCGCCUAAUUAACUCACUCAUUUAACUCCAUGAGCGAUGUUUCAAGACAGAACUGGAUUUCUUGCGUCACCCGUUGACUUCAAAUAGUGAGAAAGUACUGUAUCCAGAGAACCAUGAAGAUGAGUUCCACGCAAUGCUAAGACAGGAUCUCAAACGACAUGCUCUAGUGAACAUUGCACAUCCGACAACUGCAUGCGUAAUUCGGAAUUUUGGCUUCAGUUUCCAAGGACUACAUGCUUUCUCUAGGUCCCAUCGCAUUUGUUGCAAGAAAUGUUGAACUGAUCCUAAGGUGCAGAAUAGUAACUUGUGCUACUGCCCGCGUGAAUUGUUCUCGCAGCCACAUGUACCAAGUGUCUGAAGAAAAAUGCAAGCAAGUUCGAUCGCUUCGGCACGAGCCUCUCGCAUGGAAUGGGAAACACAGCAAUACUUUUGGUACCUACACUGUAUGGCAACUUUCUCUCACCUUGCUCUAGACUCGGAAAUACUGGAAAGCGCUGGGACCACCAACUAUGGAAAUGAAUUGUGACUUCAGGAUUUUCCGUGGCUUGCGGCUAACAUAAAGAAGUUGCCCAGUUCACUAAAGCCGAUCACAUCGUAGUUAGUUCAUAAUUCAUCCUUAUCUUCUAUUGUCUCACGUUCCGUAGCAGCAUUGUAGAUGUCUCGAAUCUUCUCAGCAUGAUCAGGAUCAUUGG